CCGGGGCGGCGGCGGGGGGGGGGGGUGAUGGUGGGGGCCGGUCCCGGUCCGCCCCGCGCCGCCAUGGAGCCGGGCCGCCAGGCGCUGCCGCUGGAGAACGCGUCCAUCCUGUGCGAGGGCGCCCUGCAGGACGGGCACCGCCUCUGGAUCGGAAACCUCGACCCCAAGAUCACCGAGUACCACCUCCUCAAACUCCUUCAGAAGUUUGGCAAAGUGAAGCAGUUCGAUUUUCUCUUUCACAAGUCCGGUGCUCUGGAGGGGCAGCCGAGGGGUUACUGCUUUGUGAACUUUGAGACCAAACAGGAAGCAGAAAAGGCGAUCCAGUGCCUCAAUGGGAAGCUGGCCCUUUCCAAGAAACUGGUGGUGCGGUGGGCACACGCACAAGUCAAGAGAUAUGAUCAUAAUAAAAAUGAGAAGAUUCUUCCAAUCAGCCUGGAGCCAUCUUCCAGCACGGAGCCACCCCAGUCUAACCUAAGUGUCAGCGCGAAAAUAAAGGCCAUUGAAGCAAAGCUGAAAAUGAUGGCAGAAAAUCCAGAUGCCGAAUAUCCAGCAGCACCUGUUUAUUCUUACUUCAAACCACCAGAUAAGAAAAGGACUACUCCUUAUUCCAGAGCUGCCUGGAAAUCUAGGAGAUGAUGCUUAUGAAUGGAUGAUGGUAGCAAGAAACACUGCUUUGUAUAUCUGGAAUCCUCCAAUGCUUUUGUACUCUUCUAGAGCGAGAAGGAUACUGCCACCUGAGCACAACACCACUGUACAUGGCACAGGGCUUUGUAACACCUUAGGUGGUUUGCUGAAUACUCCUUACUGCCAGUGCAGCUUCACAGCUGAAUGCUGUUCAGAAAAGUAGGUUGCAUUCAAAGCCUCUGAUGAACAUCCAGACAACCUCUUGUUAGCCCGCAUUCAUUAGCAAGAUUAGAAACAGUAACCAGUGUAUGGAGUAAAGCACAUCCAAAAUACUCCAUUUAACUGAUUAUUUUUAAAGUCUUUUUUUUAACAAAAAGUAUUCCAAUUCGUGUUUUAAAUGGAGGGGAAGCACUUGGUUUCGAUUAGCAUUCUGUAGUUACCAUGGAAAACUUUUUCAUCUUAAUAAAACUCAUUUUAAAUAGACUUUGCAACACUUUUAGUAACUGUGCAUGCAAUAGUUUAUAUGCACCAAAGCAAAUUUACUUUGCAUUUUGACUUGCUAACUUUAAGAUAAGUCAUGACACAGCACGGGUAUUUGCAGUGCCAUUUGGGCUGUAGGUUUGUGCCUCUGUGUUGGAAUUGGGGUAUUUACACACCACUGAGGUUUGUUCUGUGCCAUAAGCUUCAGAGUGCAGCAGUGGCAUAUCUGAUGUUUGCGUUCAGUAAUCCCCUGUAGUGGUAGCUCUUCAUAAACCAGAUGUGACAGCGUGAGAAUAACGUUGCAGCCUCAGAGACAUCUGUCAAGCACAUGACCUCAGUGCUUGCCCACCAACCAGUCCAACUCCUGUACUUUUCACUGGCUGGUAAGGGAGGUUGAUUGUCUCUCGGUGUAACUAAAGUGACCCAAGUGUUUGUGACAAAAUUGCUUCUGCUGCCUGCUGAGGCUUACCUGUGCAAGGUGUUUAAUGUAGAGGUCUAAUGGGUGGCGUUUUACUGAAAUCAUUUGAUCUGCAGCUCAUGCUUUUCCCUAAAUGUUCUCUGCAAAAUUGAAAGAUCUGAAGAAGGACCACUCUGGCAGCGUUUUCUCCUCUGUGCACAUGGUACUGUGACUGCGUGUGCAAGAGGGAUAUAGGAGAACUUGUGUUUUCAGGUGUGGGAGAUAUUGUUCUGAUUUUGUUGAUGUUCACUUUCUCAAGUCCUUUUAGUGGUGAGUCUUUACCUUGUCUGUCACUCUUGAGUUGCUUCCCCAAGCCGGCAAACAGUGGUUUCAAACAAGAGGAAGAAAGUGAUUUUUAAACAGCCACCAUUUCUGUGCACAGGUGUUGCUCACUUGUAUAGCAAAGUAAGGUUUGUAUUCCCAAAGCGGUGCACCUGCCUUCAAGUGCUGAGCACGCUUCCUGCUUCCGAACUUAGCAUCUAGAAUGAAGCUGUGCAUGUGUAUGAUGGAUAGAUUAAAAACCUGAAUUGUUAAAAAGUAGGUCUUGUACUGUUAAAUAUUUGCUUUCUAAUUUUCUUUGGGUACCUGAGUAAAGAGAAAGUAGUGUCAUUUGGAGUUUGUACCCCUGUGAAUGUCAAUAACACCCAUUUACAUUCCUCUGUGAA